GUGGAGUGAAUAGAGGAUAAUCAGACAGAGAGAGGGAGAGCUGGAGAGAGGGAGAGAGAGAGAGAGAGAGACUGUAAGUUGCCAGACAGUGAGAUCAGAGAGAGAGAGAGAGAGAGAGAGAGACAGAAACAGAAAGCUUGAGCAAGUUAGACCUGCCGGCAGCUCUGAGACAGAUAGCACCCUGGAGAUUGUGUGUGUGUGUGAAAGAGAGAGAGAGAGAGAGAGAGAGAGAGAGAGAGAGAGAGAGAUUGUCAGUGUGUUCUCCUAAGGAUUUUGUGGCACUACCAUCACUUACACAACACACGUUCUGGCAUUUAAUCUGAACUCAUAUUCAUAGAAGGAUCGGACUGGAACCACUGCAGAUGACAUGCAGCCUCAGAGGACGGUGGUGUGCGACCAUCUGAACGGUUCGCGGAUCGUUUUCUCAGAUGAGAGUCGACCAGGGAACACUCUCUCUCCAGACAUGACCCAGGAGGUAGUGGUGAUCUCCCCAGGACUCCCUACACCUCCCCUCAGCCCCUACUACAAAACAGCUGCUUCUGCACCUCCUCAAGAUAAGGUUGUGGAGGUGAAUGGAGGAGGUGGAGGAGGAAGCGCUGGUGUCCCGACUAAUUUUGGAUCCUACUACGGGCCCAGUCAGUCACAUGAAGGAUUAUCUAAUGGUGGGCCACGUUCUGCCACCCUGCCUCGAACUGCCACCACCAGAGAGGAGAGGCUCAUCAAGUACUCUGGGAUCGGCCCUGUGGACGAGACGGGCAUGCCGAUCGCCUCUCGAUCAAGUGUGAAUAAACCCAAGGACUGGUACAGAAGCAUGUUCAGACAGAUCCACAAGAGACCAGAGGAGCCAGAAAUUGACUGGAAAGAAAGGAGACAUUCCCCCAGUCCUCCUUUAGAGUCCAAUCAGGAGCAAGGACACGGGCCAGGGAAAGACCCCUUCACCCUGACCCAUCAUGGAGCUCUGCCUGACUGGGCUGAUCUGGACGAUGUCGUGAAGAUUCCAGAGCCGAAGAGCAUUUUUGACUUUGAGCCGGGACAGGGAAGCGCAGCGGAGGAUCGCAGCCAGUCACUAAGGCAACCGCCUGUGCACCGCCCUGCUGAGAAACCUCGCUCCCCUUCCAUAGAGUCUGCUUUGGAGUCGGAGCUGAACCGUUUCGAGGCAGAGUUGGAGUCUGACAUCCGCGGCAUUGAGAGGAAGAUCUCCCUGAAGCAGCAGCAGCGGCGAGGCAGGGGUGAGGGAGCGAAGAGCAACACUUUAGGAGCUGCAACUGAUGGGAAAGGAGCAGACAACAGCUAUUUGACUGGAGAAAAGCAUCUUGUGGCGAAAGACGGAGGUGGUGCACUUCUCAGCCGUCCCGCUGUCCCUCCCCCCAGUGUUCAGCCGGAACUAGCGGCUAGUCUCACACAUGCUAACGAUAGAACAGUGUGUGUGCCUGCAGAUAUGGACUUCCCACCAAAAAGAGAAGAGAAGAAGAUGAAAGCAGCCAGAGCCAAGUUCGGUUUCCAAGCACAGUCACCCAAGGAGCUGACCCUGCAGAAAGGUGAUGUUGUGUACAUCCAUCGGCAGGUUGAUGCCAACUGGUACGAAGGAGAACACCACGGCAGAGCGGGAAUCUUCCCCACCAGCUACGUGGAGAUUAUUCCCCCGACAGAGAAACCCGUCCCGAUAAAGUCCCCCACCGUGCAGGUGCUGGAGUACGGGGAGGCCGUGGCCCUGUUCAACUUCAACGCUGACCUGCCUGUGGAACUGUCCUUCAGGAAGGGUGAGGUGAUCUCUAUAACCAGGCGGGUGGACGAUCAAUGGCUGGAGGGUCGCAUCGCCGGCACCAACCGCAGCGGAAUUUUCCCCAUCAACUAUGUCCAGGUCAACAAAAUGCCACGCACCAAACUGUCUGACGAAAUUCUGGCCACCCCGCUGUCCCCUAUCGCCUUGGAGCCACGCAGCCCCGGCAGGCCCCUACACUCCCCCCUCUCCCUCUCCCCCACCCCCUCCCCUCACAGCCCUCAGCCUCAGCUUUCACCCCACAAACACUCCGGCCAAUCACGCUCACCCCUCUCACCCACGCAAUCCGCCUCCACCAAACAGCCGUCCGAGCACUUUGCAUACUCUCCUGGCCCCGCCUCACCCACCCCACCCAACAGCCACCGGAGUGGAUCACUUUCAGCUCACAGAUCACUGGACAGAGAUGUGAGGUCACCUGUGUCGACGUCCAAUCAUGUGCUGCCGUCUCCCCAGGGUCCGGGACUGCCGGCGAAUUCCAACCCACGUCCCUCGUAUACCACUCAGGAUGGGAUCAGAAACCAUUCUCCCCAGCAAUAUAUACAUGUAAAGACUCCACCCUCAGCGCAAUCCCCUGUCAACAACAACUCCACUGUCAUUCCACGGCAGCCGUAUAAGGCCGUUUACAACUACAAACCCCAGAAUCGAGACGAGCUGGAGCUGAAGGAGGGAGACAUCGUCCAGGUGAUGGAGAAGUGCGAUGACGGCUGGUUUGUAGGUACGUCUGAGAGGACCCACGCUUUUGGAACAUUCCCUGGCAACUAUGUGGCACCUGUGUGAACGCUCCUUACAAAUCUUUAACUGACUGUUUGGCAAGCACAUCCACUGCAGCUCCAGCAGGCAGCCCUACUCACCAAUUAACAAAUCCAGUUCACUCAUUUACACAAACCAAACAUGCAUACCCUCAUACCCAUGACUCUCCAUCAUCUCUCCAUCAUCACAUCUCUGACUUUCAGCACCGGAACUUACGUUUUAUUUGCAUGUCAGUCACAGUAGGAUCACCUGUGUGUGUGAGAGCUUUCACAAGCACUUCUUGGCCUAUAAACACUGUGUGGGACUUAAAAAUAUCAGAAUGUCACCAUCAUCAUCAUCAUCACUGACUGAGCUUAGAAGACUCCAUGGAUACCUAUUGGACUGGAGUGUUGCUAUAGGAAACAAUAUGACUUGUUAUGGCUUGAUCACGUGAACAUUUCCAUAACCAAACUCACGCUUAUUUUACACACAGCUCAGGCUGAUCACUGUGAAGAGCUUCUGGCUUGGUUUACACUUGGUUAAAUAUGACCUUCAUCCUGCCUUUCAGAUUUGUAAAAGCAGCACAGACCUGGGAAUACUCUACACCACAAGGAGGAACAUCGGGACAGGAGAUCUCCUCUAAACCUUCCAAUUUUCUCAACUAUCAUUACAAAUAUUAGUGUUUUUUGAUAGCUAUGCUGAAAUCCUUCUGAUGUAAUCACACGUGCACACACGAUCAAAAGAAAACAGUGCUAAAGCUUCACCUACAUGCAGUUGUCAAGUAUGUUCUACCUUUAUAUGUUCAAGCUUAUAUGAUGCAAAAAAGUGUUUUAUGAUGGGUAAUGGAAGGACUAGGAUGUGUAAGGUAGCAUAAGGUAACAGAAUUAUGUUAUGGAGAACAGAGUGUUUCAACUCCCAACAACAAUUUAUUCCUGCUAUACACUGGCUGUAACACUAUAAUGUUGAUAUUAAUGGUUAGCUAAAAUGAUAAAACCCAGCCAGACUCUUUGUAUUGUACAUUUUUUACACUAUAAAGCCUGCUUAAAAUCGUUAAAUUUACCAAAAAUUGACAGUGCUUCUUACAGAUCGGUGCGCCUUAUGUAUGAAUUUUACCAAUCAGGUUGUUAGGAGCAGUGAAGCCACUCCUCUGCUAACUGCAGCGCUAGCUCUUUCACCAUUUAGAGAUGAGUAUAUUGGACUGUUGUCUGCGUGUUUACCAUGGUAAAACAAGCUACUUGGAAUAAAUUGCUAGUUGAUAGCACCCUGGGUUACUAGAACACUCAGGCCGCUAUCCGUGGCUAGUGCUGCUGCUAACCAUUUGACUUGACUUUGAAAGGAUUAUUUCUCUCUUAAGAAUUUUUUUUUUCAUAUAUAGGUGCCUCCAGCGGCAAGGCCUGCUAAAUUAAAAGGGACACAUGUCGAUACCCUUACUAGUGUCUCGUAAAAUGUGCUUUAUAAUCCGGUGUAUGAAAAUAGACCAGAAAAUAGAAGUUCAUUGAUAGUGUGCCUUAUAAUACAGUGCGCCUUAUAGUCCAUAAGAUACUGUACAUCCUGGUUGCAUGUAUUCAAAAACUGAUUUGUAAUGCAAAAGUAUCAGAAACGCAGGUGAUUCUUGCUUAUAAUUAAAGGGAUACUCAUCUCUGAGAUAUGCUGAUUCAAUUCAUUGGAUUAGUGGACUCAAUUCAUGCAUAUUUUAAUUGCAAUCCAGUUCAGAGUCUUUGUUUAAAUCACACUUAACAAUAACAGACAUUAUUGCCCAAAUGAGAGUUCUCAGAUAGUAAAUGAAUUAGUUUAUUUACAGCCUUUUUUUGUUUUUAAACCACCACUGAACCAAGUGGAGGCUAUUGCUAAUGCCAAUACACACAAUUAAACAGCACAAUAAAUUUACUAUUAAAUAGUUAUUUCACAUUAGUAGUCAACAAACAGUGCAGAAUGUGUGAUUAUGCGAACUGUUACGAAAAAUAAAGUGAUUUUACUUCAGUAUUAAUCAGCAGCACAUCUUAUCUAAAUGGUGUGGCUGAUUUUAUUUACACAAACAAAGAUUAUAUUGGAUCAGAUUGUUAUGAGAUGAUACUCAGCAUCAAGACAAAAUAACAAUUAGCUGGGACACCUCUAGUUUUGGCUCAAUGAAAAGUGUAGCCAUUGCUGCUUCAGUUGGAAACAUGCCGUAUUCACACAGGGCAACAAGUCUCUAGAAAGUUCGUAGAAAGUUUACAGUGAAAAGGCUAAUAAAAUCCCCUUUGAUUUGGGAUUGCAAAGCUGGUUGUUUCAAUCAGAAAGUAACGUUCAUGCUAGGAAGCUGAAUAUGAUGCCUGUAUUUAUGUGUUAGCCUCUUCAUCAGUCUCUAUCUUAGCACAGUGGUUUGUAUGGUGUAUGUGAGCAGUAAUGCAUACUGGGUAUUGUAGAAAGAGAGUGGUGAAAAACUUAAAAAAAGGAAAAGUUGAUGGAAGAGACUGUGGGAUUUCAGUGCUAUACUACAGAAUAUUACAUAACAUGAUAAAUAAUUGUGAAAACCCAUAUACUCAUAAAUGCUAAUUUUAGACCAGAAUUAGGCCCCAUUUAACACUCCAGCCUAGUAUAAAAUGUACACUGUGUCCCUAAAGAACUGAACUCAUAACACUGUAAUGUAAAAUCGUAAACAGAGGCCAGCUAAACAGUUGGUGUUAUUUUGGGUGCGGCCAAAUUAUGUCUCAUUAUGCCUGUCCGUCAAAUGCACUGCCCUGUAAAUCCAAAGCUAAAUGUAAGCGUUGGAAUGAUAAGUAUUCCUUACCUUCUUCUUUAUAAGCAUUCCAUACGUUCUUUUUAACAAAACGUAUGUGCACCUUGUAAUGCAGGCAUGAGAUCUUUCAUUGUGGAAAAUGUUGCUAAAUUAAGAUGUUCAGAAUGCUUCGCUGUGGGAUUGUAUUAUUUAGGACUCUGAUUUUUUUUCCUCACUUGAGUAUUUUAUUCAGUUUCCUUUUUUUAAAACGUUUUCUGACAAAUGAACGUGAUGUUGCCAUAUGUUGUACAGAUAUUAAUACAGUUAUUAGACUGCAAAUAUAAUAUAUUUUUAUUGACCACACAGUGUAUUUCAGCAUCUAUGGUACUCACAGAUUUUGAUAACAGUUGAAUAAAUAUAUCCAAUGCUGAACCA